AUGUCGUGUCCAGAUUUGUCGAGAGUGGUUUCGCAGACGGUGGAGAUAUUGGCGAAUGAGGCUGUGUGGGAGAGGGAGUGUGGUUCGUAUGGGUAUGGGGAGGGCGUGCAUGGAAGUUUGUCGAGGAAGUUAGAUCAGAUUAUCACGUUGAUUGAUGAGGGGUUGUUCAAUCGGGAGAGGGAUUUGGAGUUUGCUUCUCCGGUUUAUGAUGAUGAUUACUAUCAGGCGGUGCCGGGGUUCAGGAAGUCAAAGCAUAUGCAGAAUGCAGCAGAGUAUUUUUCGAAGGUUUAUCUUUACUAUAACUCAAGACUGCCAGCUCAGUUACCACCGCUCAAGCUCAUAUAUACACCAACAUACACGCUUCUCCGUUUGGCCGCACGAUACUCGCGCCAGGUCUACCAGAAGCCCAUUGGACCCGAGCGGCAGUGCUACAUCGAUGCGGAUUGGCGGCAGGGUACCAAGGCCAUGGUCAUCAAGUCGAUCCCUCUCGAUCAUAGAAACGCUAUCGUCUUCGCGAUUCGCGGCACCCAAAGUUUCCGCGACUGGACAAUCAACCUGAAAACCGAUCCGAAGUCCCCGGAGGGACUUCUUGACGACCCAGAUAACCUCUGUCACGCCGGAUUCUUAUCUGUUGCACGGAAGAUGGUGGGUCCUGUCGCAGCUCGCCUGCGCAGUUUGCUAGCCGAGGAUCCCAAUCGGGUGGCGCAUUCUCUAAUCAUCACAGGACACUCCGCGGGGGGUGCGGUUGCUAGUCUGCUGUUUUGCCAUAUGCUCUCGGAGUAUGUACAGUCGGAACUGACUCAUCUGCGUCCGUUUUUCAAACGGGUACACUGUGUGACAUUCGGGUCGCCACCGGUGUCCAUCCGGCCGUUGCAGCUUCCCCAGUGGAAUGCCCGGUCACCCAAAAGGUCCAUGUUCUUUUCAUUCAUCAACGAGGGUGAUCCUGUGCCACGUGCAGAGAAAGCCUACUUGCGUUCUCUAUUGGACCUGUACGUGUCACCUACCAAGGCGCAGGGCGAGUCUAGAAACUGGAAAGUUCCCCGAGCGACACUGUCAGCUGCUGGACGGUUGGUGCUGCUGCGGAGAAAGCAGCUAGUCAUGUACCCGAGUCUACCCGUCUCUGAGGGGGUCGAGGCGAGUAUUAUCACUCAUGGACAGUUACGGGAAGUGGUGUUUGGAGACCCUCUGAUGCACACGAUGGAUCUGUAUGCGAAGCGGAUCGAGGAGUUGGCCCGCAAUGCGGUACAUUACUCGGUUUACUCGCCAUGA